AUGCUUGGGGUCUGGGGAUUGUUGACUAUUCUGCCGAUGGGGCUUUUGACCCUUCACUACGUGAUGUUGCUCUGGAAGUACAAGCAGUAUCCACCUGGACCAUUCCCACUUCCUCUUGUUGGAAGCCUGUGGCAGACUGGCGUUGCACUUUCUCCAGAUAGUCUUUUGAAGUGUGCUAAGCAAUACGGGAAGAUUUUCACUAUAUGGGUGAUGCACCAUCCAGUCGUCAUCCUGUCUGGAUUCCAAGCGGUGAGAGAUGCCCUCAUCAACCAUUCCGAAGAAUUAGCGGACCGCGCAUUAACCCGAUUCCUCAUCGAUGCACUUAAUAGAAAAGGUCUUGCAUUUGCAAACGGUCUCUCCUGGAAGCAACACCGACGGUUUGGUAUGGCUACUAUGAGGAAUCUGGGGAUGGGAAAGAAAGGCAUGGAGCACCAAAUACAAGAGGAAGCUCGCCGACUAGUGGAGCUCUUUGCACAGACCAAGGGGCUGCAAUUUGAACCUCCCCUCUUGAUCACUAAUGCAGUGGCAAGUGUGAUCAGCGUGGCGUCUUUUGGAUACCGACUUCCUCCAGAAGACAAAAUGUUCCAGGAACUGAUAGCAGCCAGCGAUUACUUUGAAAAAUUUGCUGUCUCCUUGUUUCAUGCAAUCUAUAACUUGUUCCCAUGGCUCAUGAAACACCUGCCAGGGCCGCACAAGAAGGCGUUUUCAUGCAUGAACAAGGGAGUGCUCUAUGUCGUUGAAGAAAUACAGAAGCACAAAGAGAACCAGAACUUACACGAACCACAAGAUUUCAUUGAUUUCUAUUUAAUUCAGAUCGAGAAAAGUAAAGGUGACGCUACCUCUACCUUCAGUGAUGAGAACUUGGCUCAAUGUAUUCUUGACCUCCUUGUCGCAGGGACAGAGACCACGUCAAGCACUCUGCAGUGGGCGCUACUCCUCAUGGUAGCUUAUCCAGAUAUCCAAGAGAAAGUCUACAGGGAGAUAGAAGACGUUUUUGGUCUUUCUCACUCCAUCUGCUACCACGAUCGGAAGAAGCUGCCGUACACCAAUGCGGUGAUUCAUGAGGUCCAGCGUGCGAAGUACAUUUUACCCGUAGGGAUUCCCAGGCGGAGCACGAAGGCUAUGAACCUGUUUGGUUUUCACAUCCCAAAGAAAACCCUUAUUGUUACAGACCUGAACUCUGCUCUCCUUGAUCACAAGAGGUGGGAAGAACCUGGAGAAUUCAACCCAAGCCACUUUUUGGACAUAGAGGGAAAUUUUGUAGCAAGAGAAGAAUUUUUACCCUUUGGAGCAGGGGCCCGGAUCUGUUUGGGAGAGCAGAUGGCGAAGAUGGAGCUCUUCCUAUUCUUUACCAACUUGGUGAGGGCUUUCAGAUUCCAGCUGCCGGAAGGAGUUAAAAAACUCAAUCAAGAACCUGUAGUAGGUGUAGCCAUGCAUCCCCACCCUUAUAAACUCUGUGCUGUUCCCCGCAACCAAUUAUCAUAA